AUGUCAUUUAUGAUUGAUAAAAUUCUUAGUUCAUCAUAUACAAAUCGAAGACCAUUUCAAUUAUUAACAAAUAUUUCAUUAAAUAGUAAACAAAAAGAACGUCGUAUGUGGAAAUGUGAAAUAUGUGAAAAAUCAUUUGAUCGUCCAUCAUUAUUAACACGACAUAUUCGUACUCAUACAGGUGAAAAACCACAUGAAUGUGAUAUAUGUUCAAAAGCAUUUUCAACAUCAUCAUCAUUAAAUACACAUCGUCGUAUUCAUUCAGGUGAAAAACCACAUAUUUGUGAUAUAUGUAAUAAACGUUUUACUGCAUCAUCAAAUCUUUAUUAUCAUAAAUUAACUCAUAGCAAAGAUAAACCUCAUAAAUGUUUACAAUGUUCAAAAAGUUUUUCAACACCAGGUGAUUUACGUUGUCAUUCACAUAUACAUAAUGGUACAUGGCCAUAUCGUUGUUCAAUAUGUACAAGAGGUUUUUCAAAACAAACAAAUCUUAAAAAUCAUUUACUUAUUCAUACUGGUCAAAAACCAUUUCAAUGUCAAUUUUGUUUUAAAAAAUUUUCAUUAUCAUGUAAUCUUCGUUCACAUAUUCGUACACAUCAUAAUGAAUUUCCAUUAGAUUUUUCAUUAUCAGAAAAUCAAUCUUCUUUGUCAACAAUUGUUGAUGAUCAAAAUUCUAUAAUUGAUGUUGAAAAUCUUGAUUAA